AUUUUCUCAGUUGAGUUAUGGAAGUCUGUUCAAAAAAAUAAAACAGACAUAAUCAUUCCAGUAGUAUAAACUUCAUCGCAGGGCUACCUAAGACGAGGGUUCUUGCAAAUUAGUUGUAAAUUGUAAAUUAUUGUGCUUGUGGAACAAUCGAAAAACAAUGGCGGAAUCAAUAUCUGUGAUAGGAGGAGGUCAUCCUGUUAGAAGAGACGAAAAUAAAAAGAAUAAUCGGCUGUUCGUUGGUUCUUUGGACCGGACCAAGACAGACGUCGAUGUUUCUAGAGCCAUGAAAGAACUGGUCGAUGGAGUCAUCAGUGUCAUCAUGUAUCCUUCGCCGCAAGAAAAAACACAAAACAGAGGCUACGCUUUCGUCGAAUUCGACAGCCAUGAGAACGCCGUGAAGGCUCGUGAAUACCUCAGGAACAAUCCUCCGAAAUUGUGGGGGGUGUCUCAAAUAAAAGUCGAUUGGGCUGAGCCUGAAAACGAAGUGGACGCCGAAACCAUGAGCAAGGUGAAGGUGUUGUUCGUGCGGCAGUUGGCACAGUCAACUUCCGAGGAGAAGUUGAGGAAGGUUUUUGAGAGGUUCGGUGCCCUGGACAGAGUGAAGCGACAACACGACCACGCCUUCAUACACUUCAACGAGCGGGAACACGCUGCGGAGGCUCUAAAGCAGACAAACAACACAAAGUUGGACGGAAACGUCAUUGAAGUGCAAUGGUCGAAGCCAGUCACCCGAGAUCAACAGAAGCUGCGCAGAAGAGACAAACCUCAACAAAACUUUCCGAUGUUCGCGCAUGCAUUUUUGAACACAGGACACCUUCAAUACCUAUCACCACAGCUGCCCACACAUUUGCCAGUCAUGCAGCCCCACAUCGAGGGCCAUCCGUUGUACAGCAGCCACAUAAGCAACGUGAACUUGUACAGAGGAGAACCCUUGAUGCCUGCGGGGCCACCGGGCAGAUUUACGAACGCUGUUCUGCAGCCGCCGCCGCUCGGUCCCCACGCGUUCGAGGCGCCACAGCAGCAAGUGAGCAGCGCGGCGCUAACGGCGACAUCACUGCUCGAAGACGGCCCUCGCACGGCCCACGGCCCUCAUCAGCUCGGUAGCGCUCCGGGGGCGCUGAGAGCAUCCAUCGCCCCCCAAGUGGACACCCGCCCCUACCCCGUGCCCAGCAUGACUCAGCAACAUCAUCAACAACAGCAGCAACAGCAACAACAACAGCUGCCGUUGCCACUGUUCUCACCACCCAGGACGCUGUCGCAGGCGCAGCUGCCGUUCGUUGGUUCGCCCAUUCCUCUACAUCACUCCGGGGCGUUCGCACCCUACUACGCGAACGGGCUGGACUUACAGCACAUGGGUCCUUUCCUGGCCCCCGGAUUACCGAUUCAGUAUCUGCCAUACCAAGAGAUCCCGGUCUCCAGCUACUCGGAACAAUGAUAAGUCUUCCCUGUAGUUCACUGCUGUAUUCUCGUCACAAAUUCAGGACAUAAUAGACCUUUAGGAUGUAUUAUCAGAAAUAAAUAAGAGUUCGUAAUUGUGGCAGCCAAUCAGUGACGGCUUUUUCAGCUAAACCCGCAUAUCACAAACGGGAAUUAAGCAGCUACGUGUAUUUAGGCCGCUACAUAUGUAAAUGCGAGUUUCGAUAUUGCGGCCGUUGCAUUCAAACUAAUAUAGCCGAACGCAAAUGUGAUAUGUAUUUUUUAUUGAUCCAGAGGAUAGGUUCAUUUCAUUUAUUCUCA